UAAUUUCCUCAUUUCUUAUAAAGUUGACAACGCUCAUUUUUAUUUCUUCACCUCAAUAACAUCAUAUUUCAUAUUUCCUCAAAAGGCUGUAUUUUUAUUCUAAAAUCCUCCUUUUUCUUCUAAUAAAAUAUGAAAUUCUCACUUAAUGCCAAUAAUAAAUAUUACUUAUUAUUUCUGUUACUUAUUAUAUUGUUUAUGUUUUCUAUUGGGGUUACUACCCACUAUUCCAACCCUAAACAACAUUAUUUAUCUGCGAAUCUGCUUCCAAUAAAUUCUAUUGAUGGAGAUCUCAGUCACUCCGACCCAAAGGGUGGAGUUAAGGAAGAGUUAGAGAGAGAAGUAUACCCAAUGGGUUCAAGUUUGCCAGACUGCACACAUGCUUGUGGAGUAUGCUCACCAUGCAAGAGGGUUAUGGUUAGCUUCAAAUGUUCCUCAGAAUCUUGCCCAAUUGUUUACAGAUGCAUGUGUAAUGGCAAAUAUUACCAUGUCCCUUCUUCAAAGUGAACCUUAAAUUAAAUUGGAUCUCUUUAAUUUAUUUAAUUUAUUUCAUCACUUUUGUAAUGCUUCAAUUUACUCUCAAAAUUAAUAUUGAAUUCGGAGUUUCGUUUC